CGCGCGGGGAUCAAACGUAGCGCCACGCAAAAGCCAAGACAUAACCUGUAAUCAUAAUAAUAACAAAAGCGUCGUGACGGACUUUUGUUAUCAAAUACUGCGGAGUCAUAUCAGACGAUAUACGGUUUCGCGCGCAAUCCGCGCCACUAUUGUGAUGCUGAAAAUGUAAGUCUAUUGCGACUUUGGCAGGAUGGGUGACAUACGGGCUGGUCUCGAGGACUUAAAGCUCGAUGGUGCUCUGUUUGCCAAUGUUAAAUACUACGUCAGCGGCGAAGGUGAUCCGAAGAUCUUGAAUUUAUUGCAAGAAGGUGGGGCUGAGAGGUCCAAUUAUUUUAGUGAUUUUGUUACACACCUGAUAGCAGGCAAUGAAGCAUUAGAAAAUGAUAUUUCUGCAGCAAAGGAUUUAUAUGAGAUACCAGCAGUUACACAAAACUGGAUUUUAUAUUCCGUUAAAUGUAACAAACUUCUACCACCGAAAUAUUUCUCACCAGAAGAGAAUCAGUUAUUCUCGAACAUAUGUAUUUGCUUAUCCCAGGUAAGUAGAGCAGACAGCAAGUCUCUAUGGGCAAUGAUAACAUUCCAAGGUGGCAAAUGUCAGUUGCGCUUGGACAAAUAUUGUACUCAUCUGAUUACGGGUAAAGCGAGCGGUUCAAAAUAUGAAGCUGCUACAAAACAUCACAUACCGAUUGUAACACCUGACUGGGUAAUGGAAUGUUGUAAGAAAGGUACUCUCAUUAGCGAAGUGGAAUAUCAUCCCAGACUGUUAGUGUCUCCAAACAGUUCGACAGCUAUGAUUACCGGAUUCAUGGACGAAGAUACAGAUAACAACAUUGCACAAGAAGAACAAGAAAGGACUAAGGCCAUGUUGGAGCAACUCAAGCAACGUAUGCCAUGGAAUCAGCCGAGUCCACCAGUAUCCUCGAAUGUUUCACAUAGUCUUGGUGUAACUAGUACAGCAACUGUUCCUUAUUCGACGAACGGACAAAAUACUGUGAAUAUGCAGCCACAACAGCAUCUUCCACGAUCAGUUCCCUCAACUUCCGCAAUUGUUUCGUCUGUUUCUGAUUCAGAUAUUAUCAAUCAAACAAAUUGGAUCCAAACAUCUCAACAAAGCAAUGUUUCUCAACAAAUGAAAAUUAUACCAUCACAAAUGCAACAGCAAGAGCUAUCCCCACAACAACAACAGCAGCAGCAGCAACAACAACAACAACAACAACAGCAGCAGCAGCAGCAACAAAUAAAUAUGCAGCAUCAGUUGAUGCAACAGCAACAAUUAACGCCACAACAACAAUUAACGCAACAACUCACGCAGCAUCAACAACAGUUACAGCAAUCACCGUACAACCAACAACUUCUGAAUCAGCAGCAGUCACCUCAGAUACCACAACAACAGCAAAUAAUAGGACAACAACAGUCAAUAAUACCUCAACAACAACAGCAACAACAACAACAAAUAAAUUCACAAUUGCCUCAACAUCAGUUAAAUGUGCAACAACAGCAACUGUUGACACCACAACAAAAACAAUUGAACCAACAUCAAAUUAUUCAGCAACAACAAUUACAAGCGCAGCCACCACAUUUAACACAGCAACAGCAGCAAGUACAAUUGACAGCUCAACAGCAGCAGCAACAACAGCAGAUAAUUAUACAACAGCCACCACUAUCUUCUCAACAACAACAGAUAGCGGGUCAGCAUCAAUUAACUCAACAACAAACUCCACCACAGCAACUUACUCCUGAACAAAGACAACUUAUCUUGUUGCAACAGCAGCAACAACAGCAAAAGAUACAACAGAUCUCGCAACAACUGCAGCAAUCUGCCCCACAAAGCCAACAAUUUGUUAUAAGGGACGGUCAGUUGCAACAGCAGCAGCAACCACAACAACCACAGAACCAGCAAUUAAUCGGACCAAAUCAACAAGGAUUUAUCGUUCAACGAGAUUCGCAGUGGCAGCAACAGCAAUAUCAUUUACAAUUGCAAAGGCAGCAGCAGCAGCAACAACAACAACAACAACAGAUUGGACCUCAGAGAUCUGGAGGGCAAUGGAAUCAACAACCACCUCAACCUCCACGACAGUUGAUUCAUUUGGACGCACAGACGCAUCAACAAUUGCAGCAGAUGGAUCCACAACAGAGGGCUCAGUUUAUCCAAAAGAUUCAAAAGCAGCGAAACCUGAUAUUGCAACGACAGAUGCAGAGUCGUCAAGCACAACAAGGUUCACAUAUUGCUGUUAUAAGGAGUCCUGGUAAACCAGUGCAGCCAGGUAAUUUACAAUGGGUUCAACAAGCUCGACCACAAAUGAUGGGACCGCAACUCGCACAAACUCCAGGGCAAAAGCCCGUACAUCCUGGAGUGCAGCCACCAGCAUUAACUCCGAUAAACUCUUCCAAUCAAGUUAUCGUGCCGCCUGGCCAGGCCGUUCAAGGCCCGCAAGCGUCGCAAACAGGUCAAACAUUCCAACAGGGACAAUUGACACCUCAACAGAUAGCGCAAUUGCAUAUGCAGAAACAACAACAACAGAUGGCUAGAUUGCAGCAGUUGCAACAUUUACAACAACAAGGGGUGCAGCAAGAACCGUUAACUUCCUUGCCGAAUAAUGCACAAAUUCCACCGGAUCAACAACUCGUUGUAAAUGCUAAAACAAAAACUGCACUUGCUAACAUGUUAACUAAUAGAUUGCAAGGUGGUGCUGCUGAAGGUAGUGCAGCUGGCCAAUUGAGAUUGAUGACUGCGCAGCAUCGACCUCCACCCCCGCCUUCGCAGGACCCGCAACUUUUAGCCGCUUAUCAGAGGAGAACUUUGGGGAAUAUAACGAAUGGUGCGCCUUCAGGAGCACCUAUAAAAAUGCAAUAUGCUCCAGUUAUGCCACAACCUAAGGCUCAGUUUUACGGUCAUAAUCCAAAUUUAACACUGCCGCCAGAAUUGUUUUUGUUAGGAUGCUUCUUUGUUAUUGUCGAAUACGAUGUGCAGCGUCCUAAUGAAGUCUCGAUUUGGAAACAAGUUAUUGAUAAAUACGGUGGAGAGGUAGAAUCACAGUAUUGUACCCGUGUAACGCACGUGCUAGCUAUUACGCAGAAACAUCCAAUCGUGGUGCAAGCAUUGCGCGAAGGAAAACGUUGUGUCAGUGCGCAUUGGCUUUCUGAUGUUGUCAGUAAGCAGCAAUUAUUACCACCUUGGCAUGCCCUCCACUUUCCAACGCCAUUUAGCUUAACUGAGCUUCCGUGUGGCAAGCAAGUCAUAUCAUUUUCUGGAUUUGAGGGAGAGGAACGAGCAAAAGUCAAAUGUAUGUUAGAGGCUUUAGGUGCAAAGUUCACGAAUUACUUUUCCAGACACAAUACUCUUCUUAUUUGCAGAAGGCCAGAUGGACCGAAAUAUAAAAAAGCACGCGAGUGGCAAACUAAUGUCGUAAAUGCACAGUGGUUGACAGAUUUACUUUGUGGACAAAUGAAUGCUUUGCAUCAACUUGAAGGUCCAAAGUAUCAACAGUUUAGUCUGAGUAAUCCUUUGAGAUUAGAUUAUUCACUAGUGCCUCAUCUCAUGGCUGCUUGGAAAAUGCCAAUAAAUAUUUCGCAAGAAUCGUAUGCCAAAGUAAAACAAGUUGGUCAGGGUCCAAAUUCGGUCAGGAAAGCUAAAAAGCCACGUUUGGAUGGUCCAUUAUUAAAUAAAGAUCCUCAUCUUUUGGGUCUGGAUGAACCAAUUGUUAUUAGCAAUCCUGAUCCUCCGCCACCCGAUAAACAACCAAGAAUAUUAUUUUCUGGUAUUAACCCUAAAAAUCAUGCCAAGAGAAUUCGAGAAUUAGGAGGUGCUUUAGCCGCUAGUUGGCGAGAUGCUACUCAUCUCAUAAUGUCAGCACCAUUACGAACGGUAAAAUUGUUGUGUUGUUUAUCGCGAUGUAAAUAUAUCGUCAAGCUAGAAUGGCUGCUCGAUUGUUCUGCAAAAAAUACCUUCUUGGACGAAAGCUCUUAUAUGCUUGGCGAUUCAGAAUUUGAGAAAAAUUUUAAUUGCAAUAUUGAGAAAACUUUAGCUAGUCCUAAUCGAGGGACAGUACUUAAGGGUAAGAUAUUUUAUGUUACACCGAGUGUAAUACCAUCUCCUUCGGCAAUCGCGGAGAUAAUAGAAAGCGCAGGAGGUACAAUGGAGAAAACCCGUAGAUCGGUCGCUCAAAUACAAGAGAUGAAUGCUGGAAAAAUAAAUUAUAUUAUUGUGACCCAUGACAAAGAUCUUCAUCUCCUUUCUGAUGUUUUACGUGCAAAUAUUCAUGUGUACAAUUCGGAAAUCGUGUUAGGUGCAGUUGCACGACAAUACUUCCAACUUGAUGCGAGUUAAAUCUAAAAUAUACAAGUUACACUUUAUUGUAUUUUUAUCCCUAUUAUGGGCCUAUCAAUUCUUUAGUAGUUUAUUUUCGAAACGGAAAUUUUUGCUUACCUUCUGCAAUGGGACAAUAAAGAAAGAUAAUUUUAUGAUAUAAAA